AUUUUUUUUUUUAUUGUUUUUUCGGUCAAGUCUUUCACAACCCACAGCCAAAGAGCACAACAUGGGCGACGAAUCGUUCUGGGAAGUCGAGCAGUACAAGCGCGUCGUCGAGCGCGUCUCCAACGCUCCAAAGCUGUGCGACGAACUGGUCGCGUGCGUGGACGAGCGCGAAAACCUCGAAAAGGCGUAUGCCAAGUCGCUGCAAAGCUGGGCCAAGAAGUGGGAGGGCCAAAUCGCGUCUGAAAAGUCGAUGGAGUUUGGCACGCUCAAGACCGGCUGGGGCGGCCUCUUUACGGAGGCGUACGGCAAGGCCGAGGCGCACCUGGCCAUCAUUCGCGACCUGCAGAGCGCUGUCAACUCGGCGGUCGACAAGUGGAAGAGCGAGAACUUCCACAAGUCCAUCAUCCACUUCAAGGAAACCAAGCUGGCCGAGGACGGCUUUGAGAAGGCCCAGAAGCCGUGGAUCAAGCACAAGCACAAGGUCGACAAGUACCGGAAGCUCUAUCACUCUGCGGCCAAGACGGCUCAUGUGCUGCAAAAGCGCGCGACAGAGGCGGAGGGCAACAACCAAUGCUCUGCCGAAGAGUGCUCCAAGAUGGCCGAGAAGGCCAGCAAGGCCGCGCAAGAGGCGGACGUGCUGCGACAAAAGUACGAGGAAUACCUGCGUAUCAUUACCGAAUACCGACCCAACUACAUUCGCGACAUGAAGGAGGUCUUUGAGCGCUGGCAAGAAUUUGAAGGGCUUCGCAUUGAAUUUUUCAAACGAACGCUUCUUGACUAUCAACGCAUUGUUGACGUUUCCAACAACGCAGGCAUUUCGGCAACCUCCACCGCCUUGAACAGCAUUCUGAACGGCAUUGACUCAAAUGAAGAUCUCCACUCCUUCUCCCAGCUCAAGGGUGCAGACAUGGACUACCACUGGCCCGAGUUUGAGGAGUGGACACCAAACACGCCCGACGACUUGGACGUUCCUCCAUCGCAAGUAACACGACAAAACUCGCACUCUUCGCAAAUGUCGGCAUCUCCGACAACGACGCGCGCCUCUCCGCAAGCCCGGACCUUGCCGCCCGCCGCCGGCACAUUCGACGAGGAUUGGGGCGAUUCUUCCGUCAAGGUGCGCGCUCUCUACGACUAUGUGGCCUCGGACCGCGAAGAGAUUUCCUUCAGCGAGGGCGACACUAUUACGCAGCUUGAAGGCGAAGAUGAUCAAGGAUGGUGCCGUGGAACAGUCAACGGCCGGACGGGCCUGUACCCCGCCAGUUAUGUGCAAGCCAUCUAAUUCUCGACGCCAUGUCUUGUCGCAAAAGCAAGCUGGACAUUGCUUUUGCCGGGGUGUGUGUCUGCAAUCGAUUCCUUGGAGAUUCGCCUGAUUGUCGUGCUAUUGUCGUUCUUUGUUUUCUUGUUGUGUUUAUUGCAGCUGUUGAUACUUGUGGUCAAUGUACUGUCGUUUACUUGCGC